AUGCACGGUGUCGCCUUCGUCCCUCGUCCAUUCCCUCCACCAGCCCUCGCUGACGUUCCUAUUGAGUAUAUUAUUGCACAACUUCGCCAACUCGCUCCUCAUUACUGGAGAAAGCCCGAGACUUCUGACUGCACUAUCGUCGUUCCCUUGGAUACUACAAAUCAAGCAGCCUGCUCUCCAACUCUCGGAGAUGCUGCCGAGGAUACUUGUUCGCCACCCGGUGACGUGCCUAGCCUUCUAGGCUUCUCGCGACAACAAGAGGAGGAGCCCGCUCCUCGUCCCGGCCCUCGCAUGGUCAUGCAGCUGCACAUGGAUUACCUCUGCGCGCACUCGACACUGAUCAGGGGAUUCAUGAGUGGCGCGUCGCCGUUCGAGCUGAUGGAGACCACCGCCAGUUCUACGCUGCCGCUUCAUCCCGAGGCCCCGACUCCUGGCUUCCCCGACUCGCGCCGGUCCUCUUUCAGUCUUCCAGCCCCACAGUUCCCGUGUAUGCUUCCGUCGCCGCCUACGCACCCCUCUGUCUACCUGCCCGUGCCUGACCCAGCGUCUUUCCGCCUGCUGGUGCACUACGUCUACUUCGGCUCCACGUCCUUCAUCGAGGAUGCGCUGGACGAUGGCACCCUCAGCUGGGAGGGUCUCGCCCGCAAUGUUGAGUACCUCGGCAUGGGCGCCGAGAUCAAGGUCUUCCUCGGGCGAUGGUACGGGCGCUGGCGGCAUGGACACGGGCCCGCAGAGUACACCUCGGACUCGGACUCGGAUUCGGACAUGGACAUGGAGUUGCGUCGCGAGCGCGAGUACGACAGCGACACAGAUCAGGAGCUCGAGCUCCCGCCAAAAGACAUGUCUGCCGCUACGUCUCCGACCGUGUUCGAUCCCGAUGACGAGUACCGCAAGGUGGACGACGACGAGAUCAUGAAGUCGUCUGAGCCGUCGCGCGGCCGCAAGCGCACCCCGCGCCGCUUGGUGCACUCGUGGUCCGAGCCUGGACUGGACUCUUCGGUCAAGGAGCAGCUGCGCACCGUUCGCUGCCGCAGCAAGUGA